AUGGUGCUGACCCUCUCCGAUCAUCACAGCGUUGCAUUGCUUGUCCUGCAUCUGGAGAGCGACGCCACGAGCAGCACGGCACAGCUUGUGGAGGACUUGAUUUCAAGAGGCGCUCCUCUCCAAGCUCGCGCUCCCAUGCUUCUCGGGCGCUCGACGAGGAGUCGCAGCCCGUCUCACGGCCAUGGCUUUGGGCUCUGGGGGUCCCGUGUGCAGGGUGCAACGCAGUAUGCCGCUUCCGUGGUCCGACACAACGAAACACCGCUUCAUUGGGCGGCAUAUCACGGUGCUGUUGGUGUGGCGAGCAGUCUGCUGGCACAUGGCGCCGACGUUUUUACAGAGGAUGACGGCGGAAACACACCGGCUAGACUGGCUGCCGAAUUGCCGUUGCUUGCCAGGGACUUGGAUGCGAGGGACGAGCUGCUGCAACUGUUUCGUGGCGCUGAGUGA